AUGUCUUCACAAAGUAGUGCCAUAAGUUCAUUAGCUUUUGCAUCAGGUGCAAUCGCUACUGCAGCCAGUUUCGGAUGCCAUCAACGAAAAAAAAUCGCAUCCCAAACAAAAAACAUCUUACCUCCAACUACUGUACAUCCAUUGAUGAUACAUCCGGAUCAAUUGGUACUUGAUGAUGAUGUGUCCUCAAUAUAUUCAGACACCACAAGUAUCUGCACCGUGGAUCGUAAAACCAGUUCUGUACCAAACUUACCAGGAAUAUUGAAUCAUGCUUGGGAUAGUUCGGCGUCAUUCAAUCCGACAAGUUACGCGGAACCUAAAAAAUGCAGAAGCUCUUUACCUCUAACUACGAAUCUAUCUUCAAAUAAUUUAACGUCUUCUAAUAAAAAGUUGAGACAUAAUCGUAGUCUUUCUUUACCUCCUCCUAUAAUUUCGGAUUUACCACAGAGUAUUUAUAAACGACAACCGACAGCAAGUGAAUGUUGGGACGAUGAAUUUGAAUUAGAUAAUGAUUUGAUAGUUCCUACUUCAGUGGAAGAAGCACAGUUCUCAUUAAGAACGGAUAUUUCGAAUAUACUUGAUUUUAUCGAACACGUCAAUCAAUUACUUGAUCAAAAACAUAGUUUGUCCAUGGAUAUUAAAUCAAAGAUGAACCGAAAAUGGAAGUAUGGAUUCGCGAAAUCAAAAUCAAAAAAACUCGAGAAACUAUUUCGAGCUGAUUGGGAGGAAGCUGCUGUAAUAAUUGAUCUCUCGGAUGUAGCGCAGGACAGACAACCCAAUUUUGGAGACACCAGCAAUGUUGAAGUUGACAUUGAACGUAUACCCUCUGAACGACAUAUGCAAGUGUUGGAAAAGAUCAUAGUUGAAGAAUUGGGACAUGAUGAUUCGAUAUUCACGGAGAACCGUUAUAAUCAUUGUAAUCACGGACUUAAUCAUAGUCAUAACGCAAAGAAACAAAAAUUAAUGAAUGGAAAACUUACAAACAAUGUUGUCUGUUGUAAUGUUGGUGGUAUGAAUAUGAAAAAGAAAAGAAAAGAGAAUUUUAGAAUAAAUGUUGAAGUGAUGCCAAAGUUAAUCGAACAUUUAAAAAUAUUGCAAAAAAGAUUAUUGAAACAUAUAAAUGAAUUAAAAAAACAUAGACUGUAUCCACAACGUAUUGCCAACUAUUAUAUUCGAAGAGGCAGUGACAUAGAAACAGAAGGUCAAAAACAAAUACAUCUACUAGCUAAAGGUGGCCAAUUGACUUUAGCCAUCCAUGGAACAGGUUAUUCGCCUGUAGUUAAAGGUGUUCCCCGUAGCAUAGCCAAUGAUGAUCAAUAUGUCACACUAUACUUCGAAGAAAUACAAAAAAAAAUAGCCAAAUUGCGCCAUUUAGAGAAAUUAGAAUUUAAUCGAAUGUCCGCUGAAAAAGAGGAUACUAAAAUUAUUAGAGAUUCAGUAGGAACUUUAGAUGUAGCUUAUCAAAUUAGGGAAAAAUGUGAUCUUUCAUUUAAUCAAGAUGACAUUGAAUUCCAAUACGAUAAUGAUAAAAUUACAAGAGCUGGAGAUUAUAUUUGUAAUUUUUGUUUUCGAGAUAUUGAUAUGAAAAUUCCAGUAAAGAUAUCAAUAAAAUCAAUUGCACGAAAGAGAUUACCAUAA